AUGCGCUCUCAUCGUGGUCGAAGUCGAGGUCGCUCACGCGCUUUUGCGAAAUCACAACGACCUGUGCUCGUGGAUGCUGAUACGACCACCCAUACACACCCGGCUCCACCUCCACCUCGUCCAUCCACGUCCCGCUCAAAGAUUGGACAUAUGACUGAGGCUUUCCAUAACAUGCUUCAUGCCCCCCCGUUAGCGUCAGCCGCACAUCCACCUCCUUCGCGUUUACCAAUGUCUCAAUCACAACAACAAUCUUUGUCUCACUCCAAGUCAUUGUCAUUACCGGCAACUGGCCUGGAUCGUCAGCAGACCUCGAGUACCAGCUUAACGGUGCGUCACCGAUCCGUCACCCCCAUGCUCUCCGAGGAGGGAGACGAACUGCCGAGAAAGAGGAAGAAGCAAGGAAAUACCAGCAUAGCUGACCUCACUGAACCUCUGUAUCCUUCGUCUUCCUGUCUAGACAGCUGCUCAGGGCCAUACAGGUCAGAGGCUGCAAAGGUUGGUUGCAACCGAGUAGAGAGGAACACUAUCCGACUGGAAAACCAGGUGGAGCAGGAGCUGCAAGGUAUCUGCGGUGAUGUAGAGCGGAAAGCAGUGGACCUGAAACAAAAGGCAGAGUCGCUUGAGCAGCGGCUUCAUGCGUUAGAACGCUCCUCGCCGUCUGUCGAGCGACAAACAGCAACACUGCCCGCUGUGUCACCCACUCCAUCAAUACCGAUAUUGCACGCACCACCGUCAUCUACACUGCACACCACCGAUGUACUCCAGCUCAUGUCUCAGCUUGUAACGAAUCAACAGCUGUUCAUGCAGAACACUCAUCAGCAGCUUUGGCACAACUUUACCACAUUGGAGACUGUCCUCAAUGCAUCCUCCUCCCGCACUUUACCUACUGCAACUACUUCUUUACAGCUGCCCUCUUUGGCUGCUUCGUCCCCUGGCCUUCACUGUGAAAGUGAAUCCAUGCAUCACCACAUGCUGUCGAUGGAGGGUGAACCGGAUGCCAGUGGCUUAGAUGACGACGGAAUUGCUCGUGAUACCUGUCUCACGGAGAAACAGUUGCUCCUGAUGACAUCGCAGACACUGAGGACAUGCAACUGCGAUCACCGUCCCCAGCAUCUUCCAUUACUACCGAAAAAGAGGACGUGA